AAAGUCAGACGCUCAACCGACUGAGCCACCCAGGCGCCCCUAAAGUUUAUUCAUUAAAAAAAAAAAAAAAACCUUCAAGGUUUGGAGAGAGGAGAGACUUUCCACAGCUGGGGGGAAAGGCAAACUCAGGGGAUUUGGAGGAAGGGGCCAUCACAGCUAGGAAGAGAAGAAGAAUAACUCUGCCAGGAAUAGAAAACCCCACUCAGGGUCCCAGGGAGGCUAAGACUGGAUUUGGAGCCAAAGCAGCCUUUGCAUUCCUGCCGCCCGGCCGGUCUCCCAAAUCCGCCUCGAUGGAACCGGGAGGGAGGGACCAGGCGCCUGACCGGGCGCAGGGUGGCAGGCGGGCGACCCUGCGUGGCUGUCCCGACCGGGGCCCAGAACGGCCUCCCGGGCCCCACCUCCCCAGGGACAGCCAGGUGAGGGUGAUGGAGGACACGGUGACCAACGCCGAGAAGCACUUGGGCCAGUUCUGCUCGAUGCUGGCUGCCUACACCCGCAAGACGGCCCAGGUGCGGGACAAGGCCGACCGGCUGGUCAAACAGCUCACCGACUUCGCCAACACCGAGCACCCCGAGAUGCGGGCCACCUUGAGGAGCUUCGCCGAGGACCUGGCCAAAGUCCAGGAUUACCGGCAGGCCGAGGUCGAGAGGCUGGAGACCAAGGUCAUCAGCCCCCUGAAACUCUACGGGGCCCACAUCAAGCAGACUCGGGCCGAGAUCAAGAAGCUAAAGCAAGUCCAGAAGAACGAGAUCAAGCAACUGGCAAAGCUGGGGAAACUGAGGCAGAAGUCACCGUCGGAUCGGCUAACGAUUUCCCAGGCAGAGACCAGCGUGCAGAGGGCCUCGGCGGAUGCCAGCCACACCACCCACCAGCUGGGGGAGAUGAUUGAAGCCUUCCAGAAGCGGAAGCUCACAGAUCUUCAGAAAAUUUUUUCUGACUUUGUCACUAUUGAGAUGGUCUUACAUGCCAAAGCGGUGGAGGUAUAUUCCAGCGCCUUCCAGACCCUGGAGAACUACGACCCGGAGAGAGACCUCGAGGAUUUUCGAGCCAAGAUGCACGGGCUCUACGGACAUCGCGAUGCUCGGCCCCUCACGGAGACCGUCUCCUCCCCGGCUGUCCCGUGGUCUCUCACUGGCCAGAGCGCUCAGACCGCCCUACGUGGCGAGAGAAGAGAAGACGAGGAGACUAUGGAAGCCUCUGCCGAGGAAGACCUCAGAGGACGGGGGCGGGCGCUCCAUCAAUAGGACCAGAACUCCCCAGUCGGGAGAACGGGGGCUGACCCUGGAUGCUCAGGGCUAGGGCGGGCUGGGGGGCUCUGGGUAAGGCCCGUGUCCUCUGAGCCUCAGUUUCCUCAUCUGCACAACGGGGCAAUCUCGCCGACCUCAGAGGUCACUCUGGGGAUCGCUGUGCCCAGCACGGUGCCGGGUACGGAGCAGGUGCUCAAUAAACGGGGGGUGCCCCUUAACCUGAA